AUGGCUUCACUUCCUACAGUGAUCCGUCUUGAUCUGUUUUUCAACGUGAAAAAACCACAAAAAGAAAAAGUAGAAGACGACGACAACGAGCAGAAGCAGGCCUCCCUAGAUUCACAUUAUUCCCUUAAUCUUCUGCCGCAACUGCUGGAGGUAGCCUGGUCCCACGAUCCCCUAACCACCCUCAAGCUCAUCUUCAACCUCAACUCUUGUCAUUUUCAUACGGGAAAAUGGUACACCGACGCCUUCUACACGGCGGCGUUUUGGCUCCACAAGAACCACCCCAAGACGCUAGUUUGCAACAUCGAUUCCUUUUCCACUCCGUUAGGGAAUCUUUGGGAACUUAUUGAUAUUCUCUACCGCCUUCUCGGAGAACACGCGGUUAUGGAUCUCUUCCUGAAGCGCUUGGAGUCUGAUGUUGAUAAAAUAAUGCAGCAUAAGCUGCAACUUAAGUCAUCCGAUUACUUAACGGACGAGGAAGAUGAGUUCAAGGAAGACGAAGACGAUGAAGAUAGUACUUUUGAUCCUCAUCGUUUCGUUACUGAGGCUGCAGCUUGUUUGGUUACCAAACACCCCACGGCCUCUCAUACCGCCCGCUCCGUUCUGCUGUGUGAAAGCAUUGCGAAGAGGCUUUUCACACCCAAAUCAGAUCAAUCGUAUGAACUGGAAGAGUGGGAGAAGUUUAGGAAAUUGGUUUUGGCGCCCUUGCGCAAUUAUUGGUAUCGUCAAGGAAUGUUUGACCAUCGCUGGAGCUGGGUGUUUGAGAAGCAGAAGUUGUGGCAUCUUCAAACCGCAGUUAACAGUGACAGGCAGAGGAGCUAUGAGGUUGAGAAGUAUUUGGAGGAGGUGAAAGUAGCAGCAGCAAGAGGAGGAGGCGGCAUUGGCAUAAUAAAGCCGGAUGCUUUGGUUCUAGGGGAGAUCAUAAAAUAUGUAUGCUAUGCGGAUUUCAGGGAAGUGGUUGAGCUUCAGUGGAAGGCAAUGGUGGAGGACAUAAACAGCAGCAAAAGCAGGGUUUGGGGAACUUUAAAAACUGCUUGGCAGUGUGUUGUCUCACUGAUAUCCUGGGCAAUGGCAGAGCAUGGGCUAUGAGUUUGGGACUUGUGGUGUCUGAACUGAGUGAAGAGCCGGUAUGGAAAGGAAAGGUGAUCACUUUCGGUGAUUCCCAAUAUGAGCUGCUGCUGCAUUCGAUACAAGGCGAUGAUCUCAAAUCCAAGGCCAAGUUUAUGAUGAGGACAAACAAAGAUUUCAGCAUAGCUAAUUUUCCAGAGGCGUGUGAUUUGAUUCUGGAAGUGGCUGUGAAUGAGAACUUAAAGCCAGAGCAGAUGGUCAAGAAGGUGUUUGUGUUCACCGACUUUUCAUGCCGUGGUAUCGACUGGAAGCCUAGUUAUGAGGCAGUACGGAGAUUUUGAGUGGCUACUUAGACAAUUUGGGCAAGGUAUUCUUGGACAAUGGUGGAGAAAUUGGCGCGCACCAACUCAUGGAAGCAGCCAUUGCUGACAAAGAGUAUCAAGCUCUCUCUGUGGUCGACUGAAUUUUAGUGAGAUCAAGAUCAAUCAAAUAGAUAUUUUGAGAUGCUCAAGGCCUCAUAAUUUCAUAAGAACUGAAGUUUAGCAUAGCAUUGCUUUAAGUUCAGGUUCUCUACCCAAGUUGUGAUAGUGUAGGUAAUGUUUAACUUUCCUUUUCCUUUGCACCCUUUGAGUUCCAGACAAAGGUAAAAGUAAAUUCAGGACAAGUUUUCACCUAUAUGGCUGAGAUUGUGUGUGUGUGUGUGUGUGUGUGUGUGUGUGUGAAUUGCAUAAAUUUACAUUACAUGCAGACAUAAUGAGUAUGAAGGCAACAAAUCUCAAGGCACAUAGGUGGGCGCCAACACUUAAAGCAUAUGCAAGCAAAAAGCUUGUUCCCUUUUACACGUCUUUUUCCUUCUGCAGAAUAGAUAAUAUAGGUAGCUUGGUAGAUUUUGUACUUUUUCAACUUAGACUCGAUUUCCCUUGCUAUAAAGCAGAGUAUAAACGACACACAACAACCAUGUGGGAUAUGAAAUGGAAAGCUUUGUUUAUAUGUCGUGCAAGUUCCUGAUUCUGAUGUCGAAAAUUAUCCACACCCAAAUCGCAAUUUCCGGAUUCAUAAAAGAGACAAGGAGCCAAUGAUGUUUUUGUAUUGUUGGUUCCAUAAAAGACUGAGAAACAAAAAUCUUUUGUGAUUUUUGUGAAAUCUGAAAAUAUACUAGCUAGUGAAAUUCACCAUUAUACUUGGGGGAGGAUAAAUCCAAAAUGCCAAGGAACAAAGCUAUAGGAUAAUUCCAACGGGUUGGCUUAUGCAUAGGCAUAGGUGAGAGAGCUAUGUGCCAAAUUGAAGUUUUUGGACCAAUUGCUUCCCAUAUUAUUCCUAGUUAAAAAUUUGAAGUAGAUAGGUAUGAG